CGAGUACAAAUAUCGACGGCGUGCUCUGUCGUGGUGUCCUUUUCUUCUCUCCUGUGUUCUCACUUCAUACUCACAAUGCGCACUUCUACUGCCAUCGCCUCUCUACUAGCGGCGUCAAGCCCACUGGUCUCCGGCCACGGUGACCAUCAUAACCACGGACAACGCGAUUUCACACCCAGCGAACUCAAAGAACUCCAGGACAAAUGGGGCACAGAUUUCGGCUUUGGUGGUAUCAGCACUUUUGCCCACCUGCCUCACCACAAGUGCCUGACCAACCCGCAAACACCAUUUGACAUUGGCAUUAUCGGAGCUCCUUUCGACACGGCUGUUUCUUAUCGCCCUGGAGCGAGAUUCGGCCCUCGUGCUAUUCGCGCUGCUUCUGCUCGUCAAACCGCAUUGAGAGGAUAUAACCCCCGUGCUAGCUUGAACCCAUACACUUCAUGGGCUAAUGUUGUGGAUUGCGGAGACAUCCCCAUCACUCCUUUCGACAAUGGAUUGGCUCUGCGUCAGAUGAGUGAGGGAUACAUUGAGCUCUCUACCCGUGUGGCCAUUCCCGCCAACGUAGCUUCAGAAGCUACUUAUUUGCAAACUGCCAAAAUCGUCACUUUGGGCGGUGAUCACAGUAUCGCUCUUCCCGCAUUGAGAGCGCUGAACAAGAAGUAUGGCAAACCGGUCGCUGUGGUGCAUUUCGACGCUCAUCUGGAUACUUGGCAUCCCUCAAAAUACCCUUCUUACUGGUUGGAUCUGGAAGAUCCUAGCACGCAAUCUUUCUUCACUCAUGGAAAUAUGUUUUGGAUGGCUGCUACGGAGGGGUUGAUUGCGAACGGUUCUUCUAUCCAUGCUGGUCUGCGUACGAGACUUUCUGACGAAGAUGAUUAUACCAAUGAUUCUGAGCAGGGGUUCGUCCGUAUCUCAGCUGACGAUAUCGAUGAUAUUGGUACUAAGGGUGUCAUCUCCAAAAUCUUGGCCACGGUGCCUCAGGAUUAUCCUGUUUACCUUUCCAUCGAUAUCGACGUUAUUGAUCCUGGUCUUGCCCCUGGUACUGGUACUCCCGAGCCCGGUGGUUGGACUACCAGAGAAUUGAUUCGCAUUCUCAGAGGUAUUGAGGGCUUGAAUGUUGUCGGAGCUGACGUUGUGGAGGUUUCACCAGCGUAUGAUUCUCAGGCCGAGACUACGGCUUUGGCGGCUGCGCAGGUGGUUUAUGAGAUUGUCACUAGCAUGGUCAGAAGAGGAUUGAUGGAGUUGGCACAGACGAAGCAGAAGACUGUCAAGGAUGAGCUGUGAUGUGGUCAAAUUCUAUACUCAAAAGCUUGAAAGUUCCUUAAGACAAAUGUUUUGGAUGUCUAGAUAGCUACUCGGGCACAUGUGCGCAUCGUUGAUAUGGGAAACACGACUUGAUGCUCUCUUUUGACAAAACUUC